UGUUUGUCUUCCUCUUCUCCCUCAUCUUGUAAAUUACAGAAAGAUUUUCAUCUGAAUGAAAUGCACGGACCUGGAGAUGUGGUGCUAGGUGGACUGUUUGAAGUCCACUACACAUCGGUCCUCCCUGAAAGGACAUUCACCUCUAAACCACAACAGCCCCGCUGCAGUGGUUUUGAUAUUUUAGGAUUUAGACAUGCUAUGACAAUGGCCUUUGCUAUUGAUGAGAUCAACAGGAACUCUAACCUGCUGCCAAAUGUGACUCUGGGAUACAGUAUCUUUGACAAUUGUGGUACACUUCUCAUGGGACUCAGUGGAGCAAUCUCGCUCUCCAGUGGUCAGGAGGAGCAGUUUGAGCUUGUGGAGGACUGUUCAGGGAUCCCUCCAAUCAUUGGGAUUGUGGGUGAUCACUAUUCAACAUUUUCUAUUGCCAUUUCCAAUGUGCUGGGUUUAUACAAGAUGCCCAUUGUGAGCUAUUUUGCCACGUGUUCCUGUCUGAGUGAUCGACAGCGGUUUCCAACCUUCUUUAGAACAAUUCCAAGUGAUGCUUUCCAGGUGCGUGCUAUGAUUCAGAUUUUGAAGCAUUUUGGCUGGACAUGGGUCGGCCUGCUGGUCAGUGACGAUGAUUACGGACUCCACGUUGCCCAGUCCUUCCAGUCGGACCUGCUGCAGGCUGGCGGAGGAUGUCUGGCCUAUCUAGAAGUGCUGCCUUGGGACAGUGACCCGGGUGAACUCAGGAGGAUUGUGAAUUUGAUGAAAGCAUCAACAGCUCGAGUGGUCAUUGUGUUCGCACAUGAGAUUCACAUGAUUCAGCUCAUGGAAGAGGUGGUUACACAGAAUGUAACCGGUCUGCAGUGGAUUGCCAGUGAGGCCUUGGCAUCAGCGACUGUGCUGCAGACGCCACGCCUGAUGGCGUAUUUGAGCGGCACUCUGGGCAUUGCCAUCCGCCGGGGAGAAAUACCAGGGCUCAGAGAGUUCUUGCUAAAAAUACAUCCGGACCAAGGACACAAUAACGAAAACAACAUGGUGAGACAGUUUUGGGAGUACACGUUUCAGUGUAGAUUUGAACCCGCUCCGGCUGGCUGGACGGACACUGGUGGAGCUCUUUGCACUGGAGAAGAAGACAUGGGAAACAUGGACACUGAGUUUUUGGACCUUUCAAGCCUCAGACCUGAGUACAAUGUUUACAAAGCUGUGUAUGCUCUUGCAUAUGCCCUAGACAGCAUGCUGCGGUGUGAGCCAGGGAGAGGGCCUUUUAGUAGGAACAGCUGUGCCACUCUGCAAACACUGGAGCCAUGGCAGCUUGUACAUUAUUUGGAAAACGUCAAUUUUACCACAUCAUUCGGUGAUGAAGUUUCAUUUGACAGUAAUGGGGAUGUCUUACCAAUAUAUGAUGUUAUGAAUUGGUUAUGGCUCCCUGAUGGAAGAACUAAAGUUCAAAAUGUGGGUGACGUGAAGAGGUCAGCCUCCAAUAAAGAAGUACUCACACUCAAGGAAGAAAAAAUCUUCUGGAACUUCAAAUCAGAGAAGCCUCCUCGCUCGGUGUGCAGUGAGAGCUGUCCUCCAGGAACACGCAUGGCCAGAAACAAAGGACAGCCUGUGUGUUGUUUUACCUGCGCAUUUUGUUCGGAGGGAAAAAUCAGCAACAAAACCAAUUCAUUGGAGUGCAUCAGCUGUCCAGAGGAUUUCUGGUCCAGUCCUCAGCGUGAUCACUGUGUUCCCAAGAAAACCGAGUUCCUCUCCUAUCAUGAACCUCUGGGUAUCUGUCUGACCACUGCUUCACUGCUGGGCACAUUUAUCUGUGUUGUCGUUCUGGGGAUCUUCACCUAUCACCGCAGCACACCCAUGGUGCGCGCCAAUAACUCAGAACUGAGUUUCCUGCUGCUGGUGUCACUCAAACUUUGCUUCCUGUGUUCACUGUUGUUCAUCGGACGACCCAGACUGUGGACGUGCCAACUGAGACACGCAGCCUUCGGGAUCAGCUUUGUGCUUUGUGUCUCAUGUAUCCUGGUUAAAACCAUGGUGGUUCUGGCUGUGUUUAAGGCCUCAAAGCCAGGAGGAGAGGCCAGUCUGAAGUGGUUUGGUGUGAUGCAGCAGAGAGGAACAGUUCUGGUUCUCACUUCCAUUCAAGCAGCAAUCUGCACAGCUUGGCUUGUCUCCGCCUCACCGUCCCCUCAUAAAAACACACAAUAUCACAUUGACAAGAUUAUUUAUGAGUGUGUAGUCGGGUCCACAAUAGGUUUUGCGGUUUUGCUGGGUUACAUCGGCUUACUGGCCAUCCUCAGUUUUCUGAUCGCAUUUCUGGCAAGAAAUCUCCCAGAUAACUUCAAUGAGGCCAAACUCAUCACUUUCAGCAUGCUGAUCUUCUGUGCUGUGUGGGUGGCCUUUAUUCCUGCAUAUAUUAACUCACCAAGUAAAUAUGCAGAUGCAGUGGAGGUAUUUGCCAUCCUGGCUUCCAGUUUUGGCCUGUUGGUGGCGCUGUUUGGACCCAAAUGUUACCUAAUGUUGCUGAGACCAGAGAGGAACACAAAGAAGGCAAUCAUGGCUCGAGUUACUGUCAAGUCCUGA